AUGCCCAUCUUUCAGGAAGAUAUAGACCACUCCCGCCCACUCCUCAACCCCAACCGGCCGUCCCGGCUCGUCGACGACGAUGACGAUUCACUGCUCCGCCUCAGACGCCUCUCCGAGGUGAGCCUACCUGUCGAGCUCUGCGAGGGCCCGAUACCAGACACUCCCGAGCAGCGUCCCGAGACGCCGGACAAUCAAAAUGAGUCACACAUGCUUGAUAGAUCUGUGCUCAUUGAGAGGUUAAAGAGAGGGGAGAGCCCGUCAUGGAUCCCCAGCCGCCAUCUUGAUGCUCGAAUACAGCAUGCCAAUUCCUCGCCAGCCGCCCCGACAUCGCCGCAGUCCCCCAAUCUACUCCCUUCACCACAAAUCACCCCGAGCAAGGAUCGAUCCGCCUUACCCAUCCACAGCCCACUACAUGAUGGCCUCAGUAUUGAGCGCCCACGCUCUGCCCUGCACAGCGGCGACUUCACCCACGAUGAUUCCUCGUCGUCGUCUUCGUCCGCCCGGGAAGAGCACCGCCACCAACCGGGUAACAGACGCCGACAGGAGCGUGCCUCUGUUGAUAUGGCCUGGAUGGCCACCUCUCCACCCCGGCCGUUCGUACCCUUUGAUUUCAAUGGCCCAUUUGCCGAGCCAGCCACCAGCUUCAAGUCUACAUUGUCCUCAUCUUUGUCCUCGUCGUUUGCGUACCAGCUUCCGACAAGCCCGCUCGCACAGUCCGUCACCAACGAGGACCAGGAUGGCUUCGCACCGCCGUUUCGUGAGGGCGGCCUCCUCAGUGACAAGAUGGAUAUGUCUCGCGGCAGCUACGACGAGACUUUGCCGUUCUCGUCACCACUUCGAUCCCGCGCACACGCACGCGCAGCUUCCUUCCGCAGAGAGGCCACGCUUCCGUAUCAGGCGCACCAGCCGCGACGCUCGUCCGGCUCUGGCAUGCACUUCCUGCACCCGGGAGCCUCGCCCCAGCGCCCUAUAGCCCGCUCCCGUCGCCCUUCGCUUGGGUCCGAGUCCUCUCCGUCGCUUCAUGCCUCCAUGGUGGGCUCCUACGAGGAGAGCAUCCUGCAAGGCCGCAUGUCGACGACGCCGUCUAAGCCCUUCGACUUUAUGGCCCAAAUUGGCGUCCUCGGCAAAGGCAAGUGCAAGUCACGCCUGCGGUGCCCGCCGCACGUCACAUUGCCCUUCCCAGCCGUGUUCUACAGUUACGGUAGCACCAGCGCCGCGCGAUCGCAAAGUAACGACGGACCGAGCCCGUACGUCGGCCAGAUUGAUCUCGAAAAUGGCCUGCCCAACCCAGAUGCCGAGGACCAGAAGCGCAGAGCCAUGCGUCACCAGGCCCAGUCCACCGAUAUCGAUAUCGAUAUGCUCCUGGAUGGCCCGCUGCCAGCGGCUGACGACGGCCCGCGCCCUGGGCCGCUCAAGGCACCGCCGGGCGGCAGCUACCGUAUCCCGGAGAAGGGCCAGAUCCAGAUCGUGGUAAAGAACCAGAACAAGACGGCCGUCAAGCUCUUCCUCGUCCCGUACGACCUCACCGGCAUGCCGCCUGGCACCAAGACCUUUAUCCGACAACGCAGCUACUCGCACGGGCCCAUUAUCGACAACCUACCCAGCCUCUCUACCCAGGCCUCGACCUCCCCAGCAGACCGCCCGACACUGCGGUACCUUGUCCACUUGCAUGUCUGCAGCCCAAGCAGGGGACGUUUCUACCUCUACAAGAGCAUCCGCAUAGUCUUUGCCAAUCGCGUCCCCGAAGGCAAGGAGAAGCUGCGCAAUGAGACGACGCUACCUGAGCCGCGCUUCACGCCCUACAGGCCGGUCCUACAGAUGCCCUACGGUUCUUCCUCCUCGCUCUACGGCCGCUCUGGUGCCGCCUUGGCUGCUGAAAAGGCCCUUCGUCGGCGCAGUCUCGGUGUGCCGCCUAGCAGUAACGCCCACCGCUCUUCCUUCUCCGCUGCUGCUCUAGCCACUUUAAACCAGCAGCAGCAGCGUCGCCUCUCCGGGUCCCACGGCGGAGGUGCCGGGGGUGCCGGCAACACGCGCCCGAUCGAGCCCGUACCGUUUUGCUUCCCCGCUCGUCGAAGCGCCAGCGAUGCCGUUCAUGAUGACCUAGACGGGCCACCCCGAUCGCCGCCCAGCCGCCCCUCGACCAAAGACUCGUCCGUAGCCUGGGGCUACGAGAGGCUUACCAGGGGCGACGCUGGCUACGGCGGCGGCAAUUUCUUUGAUGACCCGGCCAACGGCCCUUUGCUGGGCGGCGGCAGCAGCGGUGGUGGUGGCCCAGCCGCCGAGGGCCUGCUGUCGCAGCGGCUUCGGUCUCUGGGCGUCCAGCAGGCGGCGCGCUCGCCACCAGCAUCUUGA